CAAAUGGAGGCUGGGUCUAGGCAGGUCGGCCUGUUUUUCCUAGGUGGUGAGGGGAGAUCUCAGAGGCCGGGGGAGGGACCCGGGAGGCGGGGGGCGCUGCCUGGGGAGCGGGCGCCUGGGCCCCGGUCCCGACCCGGGCAGCCCCGCCGCCGCCCGACCUCUUCUCCCAGGGUUUGCUCUCUCCCGUCCCUCCUCCUACCCGGGGGCGGGGGGCCCCCGUCGGCUCCGAAGUCCCGAUUGGGCCACUCACGGCGGGACGCCAGCGGCCGGGUGACCUUGGGCGGCUCCGCGCGCCCUGAGCCUCGGGCUCCCUCUGUGAAAUGGGUCGUUUCCGCCGCGCCGCCGGGCGGGGGGCUGGGCCGCGGCCCAGGGGCUGGAGGGCUGGGGGCGCCGAAGGGGUUAACGCACCUGGGCCGCCGCGGCCCCUCCCGGCCCCUCCUCCGGCCGCCGGGAAGAGGAAAGCCUCGGCGGGGGCGCGGCCCGGCCUCCGCCCGCGCCCGCCCCGUCCGCGUCCCCGCCCGCCGUCCCCCGGCUGCGGCGCCCAGAGCUGCGACCCGCGCGCCCCGCUCCGCCGCCCCGGCCCGGGCCGCCAUGUCUCUGUGGAAGAGAACCAUCUACAAGAGUGUGUGCCUGUCCCUGGCUCUGCUCGUGGCUGUAACAGUAUUCCAGCGCAGUCUGACCCCCAGCCAGUUUCUGCAAGAGACCCCAUCACCUACAUCAGGGUCACAAAAGGCCCAGAAACCCAGUGGUCACCUGGUGAACCCCAACAGCUUCUGGAAGAACCCAAAGGAUGUGGUCACCCCCCUGCCCACGGUCUCUCGGGGGCCUCAGACCUGGGAUGUGACCACCACUAACUGCUCAGCCAAUAUCAACUUGACUCACCAGCCCUGGUUCCAGGGCCUGGAGCCGCACUUCCGGCAGUUUCUGUUGUACCGCCACUGCCGAUACUUCCCCAUGCUGCUGAACCACCCGGAGAAGUGCGCCGGUGACGUCUAUCUGCUGGUGGUUGUCAAGUCGGUCAUCACACAGCAUGACCGCCGGGAGGCCAUCCGCCAGACCUGGGGACGGGAGCAGGAAUCUGCGGGCCGGGGCCACGGUGCUGUGCGCACCCUCUUCCUGCUGGGCACCGCCUCUAAGCAGGAGGAACGGGCCCACUACCAGCAGCUGCUGGCCUAUGAGGACCGCCUCUACAACGACAUCCUGCAGUGGGACUUUCUGGACAGCUUCUUCAACCUGACCCUCAAGGAGAUCCACUUCCUCAAGUGGCUUGACAUCUACUGCCCCACUGCCCGCUUCAUCUUCAAGGGCGAUGAUGACGUCUUUGUCAACCCUACCAACCUGCUUGAAUUUCUGGCUGAUCAGCGGCCACAGGAAGACCUGUUCGUGGGCGACGUCCUGCAGCAUGCUCGGCCCAUCCGCAAGAAGGAUAACAAAUACUAUAUCCCCACCAUCCUGUACAGCAAGGCCAGCUACCCGCCCUACGCAGGUGGAGGAGGCUUCCUUAUGGCUGGCAGCCUGGCCCGGCGCCUGCACCACACCUCUGACACCCUGGAGCUCUACCCCAUUGACGACGUCUUCCUGGGCAUGUGCCUGGAGGUGCUGGGUGUGCAGCCCAUGGCCCAUGAAGGGUUUAAAACUUUUGGCAUCUCGCGGAACCGCAACAGCCGCAUGAACAAGGAGCCCUGCUUUUUCCGCUCCAUGCUGGUUGUGCACAAGCUGCUGCCCGCUGAGCUGCUGGCCAUGUGGGGGCUGGUGCACGGCAACCUCACCUGCUCGCGCAAGCUCCAGGUGCUCUGACCCCAGCUAGGCCACCAGGAUGGGCUAGGACAUGUGCUCUCAAGCCUGGAAGUCAUGAGCUGGAAUGCCAUGCUGGGGCAUAGCCUUUGGGACAUUGCAGGGAGGUGAAGGGUUUGGAUUUUAUGUGCCCCUGGGUGGGGUGGGGUGCUGUUAGCCCAAAGGGCCCUUCCCUGUGCGGACACCCCAGAAAGUGGAGCUAAGGCCUAGGAAUGUAGGGAACUGCCCAGACCGCAGGGCAUCUGGGGAGCAAAGCUGCCGGCUACUGGCAGCCCUCCCAACCCUGACCCACUGCCCGGCUCCCUCUAACCUGGUUGGAGGCCCUGGUGGCCUGAAGGAGCUCUGUGCUCAGGUACUGGGCUGGGCCUGGGCCUGGAUGGCUCUAUCUGCCCUCUGGUCUUCAUGAAGAAGAUUCUUUCCCCAUGAAUCCCUCCGUCUUCCCACGAGCCCAAGCAGCCCUUUCAAGAGAAGCUCAACCCUGUGCAGGCUCACAGGCCCCUGCCCCCGCCAUGCCUCCGGGUCUCUGGGAGACAGAACCUCAGAAGGCCCUCAGCACACCCCCACAGGCCUGCCUGGAGUCGCCGCGCAGUCUCCGCUCCCAGGGGGCUUCCCUCUGGCUGUGCCCUGUGCCGCUCCAUCUGGCCCAUCUGGAACCCCAGCUCUGCCUACCUCAGCGAUCCUCAGAACCUCCGGAUGAGCUGCAGCCCCAGCCCAGCCCUGACCCAGGGCCAGAGAGCAGCGCUCCGGCCCCACAGUCGCCGUGCUGCCCAGCCAGCCUGAGCCGAGGGCCCUCCUGCAGCCCCACCAAGGCCUGGCUUCCCACCUGAAACCAGCCGGUGUGGCCCUGAAAGGGAUGCCCCUCAUUACUGUGAAGUUUUAUUUAUGACAAAUUUGGAGGGAGAAGAAGGCGCCCGGCCUCAGGAUCUGGUGGUGUUCUUCCCUUUCCUUGCCUCAUUCCGGUAAGACACCACCUCCCUUGGCCACUCUUACCCCCAGGGCCCCCCCAUGCCCAUCACAGCCCCUCAAGGACCCUGUCCCACCUGCUGCCGACUUCUCCAGGGCCUGAGGGGCCCAGCAUCUGCCCUGGGAAGGGAUGGAGGAGCCCUCCUGGGCCACCUCGCCCAAGUUUGGGGGUCCUCGGGGAUGCGUGAAAGAUGCCAUCUUGUAUCUCAGGGUGGAGUCACUUGGGAAAAGAGGGAUCACUUGGGACUGAGAGGGAUCUACUCUAUUUUCUCAAUAAAAGGGGACUGUUUUUUUUCUGGCGUGAAACUUCCUGUUGCCACCUCAGUCCGAGGGCCUGUCUCCGGCCAAGGUUGCAGGAGACUUCUGAAGACACAGCUGUUCCCGCUCUUGGCUGGUGGGUGCACAGGGGCCCCUUGAAGGGCCUUAGAGGGAGGCGAGGGCCAGGAUUGAGGCCGAGACCACAGGGCCAGCGUCCAGACAGAUGCCGCCUCGAUGCGGCGGCGGUGGAGGAGGGAGAGACCCCCACUCCCCCACAGAGCAAGGCCGGAGCUGACGGUGGGAGGGGCCAGGAGGGCGGGGGCGGGGCCUGCUGGGUUUCCUCGUGUCCUUUCCGUUAUCCUGGAAGCAUUGAUACGGUUGACAAGAAGCACUGAAACAGUGGCCAACGGAGUGUGAAGACUCUUGGUCUAAGCUGCUUAUCUCCAGGGUAGGGAGGGUAGCCAUGGCCAGGAGGGGGCCCAGAGGGCCCAGGAGGGGGUCCAGAGGCAGAGUUGAGUUUGUCUGUGACCUGAAGGGUGAUUGGGCAGGGGGAGAAAGGGGCGCAUAUGGAAGGCCGAGGCUGAAGCAGAAAGAACUGCCUCACCCUGAGCUGCA